AUGCUUCGUCCGUUCCGUCGCGGCCCAAGCUACCCCCCCCCGGAGGAUCCACCGGCCCGCAGCAGGUCGCGCUCCGCCUCCGGCCUCUCCAACGUGAUCUGGGGCUCUCCCGCCGCCGGCAAGUUCGUGCCCUCGCCCGCGCCACCUCGCCUCGGCCCAUCCGAAGACUCGCCAGCAGCCCAGCCCCCUUCCACGCAGGUGUCGCCCUACUCGCCGUGGUACCUCGCCACUCCCUGCCCAGCCCCAGCCAGCCAUUCCAACGCCGCCCCUAUGCUGUCUCACCUUCGCCGCGGUACCUCGCCCCGCCCGCUUCUACGAGUGACUCCUCAGGCUUCAGCCAGUCUGACCACCGCCUCGCACCCACGGCUGCCUCCCUUCUUCGCCAGCCCGACACACCAGUCACUCGCCGCCUCACCAGCCUCCUGCCGCUGUGAUCCCCGGUUUCCUUGCCGUCGCCUCCCUACCUCCACGGCAUCGCCUUCACCACUGCUGUUCCAGCAGCGGCCCUCCUGCCGCCGUGGCCUCUGGCAACCGCCUGCGCCUCCCCUUAGCCCGUGGAAUGUGUAG